AUGGGUUGUUUCACUGACUUCUUUACCUAUGAAACAACCAAGUCUGUGGUGGUUAAAAGCUGGACGAUUGGCGUUAUCAACAGAGCGGUACAACUACUGAUUAUAACCUAUUUUGUAUGCUGGGUGUUCCUUCAUGAAAAAGCUUACCAGAUUCGUGACUCUUCCAUUGAAUCUUCUGUUAUGACUAAAGUGAAAGGUGUUGGGCAUUACAGCAAAAGAGUAAUGGAUGUUGCAGACUAUGUCAUCCCACCACAGGGGUCCUCUGUGUUUGUAAUCCUCACAAAACUUAUAACAACUCCAAAUCAAGUACAGGACUAUUGCCCAGAGAGCGAUGAGAAGCAUAAAUGCAGCACUGACAGUAAUUGCACGAGAAACAAACCUACAGCCAAUGGCUUUCUCACUGGUCGGUGUGUUAGUUCAUUUUGUCAGAUUCAAGGUUGGUGCCCAACAGAGAAUGACACUGUUCGUAUGCCUCUCUUAAUGGAAGCAGAAAACUUCACAAUCUUUGUCAAGAACAGUGUGCGAUUCCCAGUUUUCGACUUUGAGCGGGGGAAUCUGCCUCCCAGUCUGAACUGCCGCUAUGAUCCAGUUGUGGCCCCCUUUUGUCCAAUCUUCAGGCUUGGAGACAUUGUCAAACAUGCUGGUCAGAACUUCACUGCUCUGGCAGACAAGGGUGGAGUCCUGAGUAUUAAAAUUGGUUGGCUUUGUGACCUUGACAAAUCUUGGGAUCUCUGCGUUCCUCGAUACAGCUUUACCAGGCUGGACAGUGUUUCAGAAAAGAACAAUGUUUCUCCAGGAUACAACUUUAGGUAUGCUCGAUACUACAUGAAUUUAGAUGGCUCAGAGUUUCGGACUCUGAUCAAGGCUUUUGGCAUUAGAAUUGAUGUUCUUGUUUAUGGAAACGCCGGAAAGUUCAACAUCAUUCCAACCCUUAUCAAUAUUGUGGCAGCUUUUACAUCAGUGGGCGUGGGAACUGUUCUCUGUGAUAUCAUUUUACUCAACUUCCUGAAAGGAGCAGAUCAGUAUAAAGCAAAGAAGUUUGAGGAGAUUUCCGAUGCUAGCCCUCCUUUUGGCAGCCACCUGUUUAAAAGUGACCAGACCCUAGCUGGCCGUGGAGAUGAGAAAAGGUCUACAGACUCUGGGGCUUUCUCAAUAGGUUUAUAGGCCUGAACUGACCAACUAUUCUCAUCAACUGUUUCCCAAGUUCCUUAUAGCCAUUCUAUAUAUAGCUCUGGCUCCUGUGUCCUAUUCAUUUUCUCUGUUGUAUGUUAUCUUCCAUGUAAUACUUGCUAAACCCCCCCCCAUAACACUGAUCAUGCUCAUUGUCAGACUCACCUACCGCCUCUUCUGUCAAGCUGACUAUUGUUCAACUUUUAUGGAGAAAAUGUACUGCAGUAAAUUCUUAGUUUCUUUCUAAGCAGAUUUAGGUUUGAUCAGUCCCAAAAAACAUCCAUUUUGUACAAUUAUAUUAAAUAUUUAAAAUGAUGUGGGAUAGCUAUUGGCUGCUGAGAAGAUGACCAUGGCAAUUUUAAUAUUUUUUUUCUUAUGCAUGUGAACCUAAAUCUAAUCUACCUUUUUUUUGUUAAAGAAUACUGUAUAUUAUUUUCCCAUCGCACAGUAGAAUGAUAAACACUAAAGAUGUAUCUGCACUGGUAUUUUGUGACAUGUACAAAAAAAAUCUAAUUUCUCUAACGUCCUAAGUGGAUGCUGGGGACUCCGUAAGGACCAUGGGGAAUAGCGGCUCCGCAGGAGACUGGGCACAUCUAAAGAAAGCUUUAGGACUAACUGGUGUGCACUGGCUCCUCCCCCUAUGACCCUCCUCCAAGCCUCAGUUAGAUUUCUGUGCCCGACGAGAAGGGUGCACACUAGGGGCUCUCCUGAGCUUCUUAGUGAAAGUUUUAGUUUAGGUUUGUUAUUUUCAGUGAGACCUGCUGGCAACAGGCUCACUGCAUCGAGGGACUAAGGGGAGAAGAAGCGAACUCACUAAAGUGGAUUGGGCUUCUUGGCUACUGGACAUUAGCUCCAGAGGGACGAUCACAGGCCCAGCCUGGAUGGGUCCCGGAGCCGCGCCGCCGGCCCCCUUACAGAGCCAGAAGAGCGAAGAGGUCCGGAAAAAUCGGCGGCAGAAGACGUUCCUGUCUUCAAUAAGGUAGCGCACAGCACUGCAGCUGUGCGCCAUUGCUCUCAGCACACUUCAUACUCCGGUCACUGAGGGUGCAGGGCGCUGGGGGGGGCGCCCUGAGACACAAUAAAACAUGAUAAAAAUACCUUACAUGGCAAAAAAUACAUCACAUAUAGCUCCUGGGCUAUAUGGAUGCAUUUAACCCCUGCCAGAAUAUACAGAAAAACGGGAGAUAAGGCCGCCGGAAAGGGGGCGGAGCCUAUCUCCUCAGCACACUGGCGCCAUUUUCCCUCACAGCUCAGUUGGAGGGAAGCUCCCUGGCUCUUCCCUGCAGUCACUACACUACAGAAAGGGUUAAAAAAAGAGAGGGGGGCACUAAUUAGGCGCAGUAUUAAAACAUACAGCAGCUAUAAGGGGAAAAACACUUAUAUAAGGUUAUCCCUGUAUAUAUAUAUAGCGCUCUGGUGUGUGCUGGCAUACUCUCCCUCUGUCUCCCCAAAGGGCUAGUGGGGUCCUGUCCUCUAUCAGAGCAUUCCCUGUGUGUGUGUGUGUGUUGUGUGUCGGUACGUUUGUGUCGACAUGUAUGAGGAGAAAAAUGAUGUGGAGACGGAGCAGAGUGUCUGUAACAGUGAUGUCACCACCUAGGGGGUCGACACCUGAGUGGAUGUACUGUUGAAAAUUACGUGACAGUGUCAGCUCUGUAUAAAAAAAAACCAAAAAAAAAAAAACAGUGGUUGACAUGAGACAGCCGGCUACUCAGCUUGUGCCUGUCCAGACGUCUCAUAGGCCGUCAGGGGCUCUAAAGCGCCCGUUACCUCAGAUGGCAGAUACAGACGCCGACACGGAUACUGACUCCUGUGUUGACGGUGAAGAGACAACCGUGAUUUCCAGUAGGGCCACACGUUACAUGAUUGAGACAAUGGAAAAUGUUUUAUACAUUUCUGAGGGAAAAACUACCUGUAGUUUUCCUGAAUCUGAGAAAUAAAAUGAGGUGUGUGAUGAUGCGUGGGUUUCCCCCCGAUAACAAUUGAUAAUUUCUUAAAAAGUAUUGGCUGUAUACCCUUUCCCGCCAGAGGUUAGGGUGCGUUGGGAAACACCCCCUAGGGGGGAUAAGGCGCUCACACGCUUGUAAGAACAAGGGCUCUACCCUCUCAUGAGAUGGCCGCCCUUAGGGACCUGCUGAUAGAAAGCAGGAGGGUAUCCAAAAAUGUAUUCACACACAUACUGGUGUUAUACUGCGACCAGCAAUCGCCUCAGCCUGGGGGUGCAGUGCUGGGUUGGCAUGGUCCGAUUCCCUGACUGGAAAUAUUGAUAUCCUAGAUAAGGAUAGUAUAUUAUUGCCUAUAGAGCAUUUAAAAGAUGCAUUUCUAUAUAUGCAUGAUGCACAGCGGAAUAUUUGCCGACUGGCAUCAAGUAUAAGUGCGUUGUCCAAUUCUACCAGUAAAAUGGUCAGGUGAUGCGGAUUCCAAACGGCAUUUGGAAGUAUUGCCUUUGAAAGGGACAUUUGGGGUCGGUCUUUUAGACCUGGUGGCCACGGCAACAACUGGGAAAUCCACGUUUGUACCCCAGGUCGCCUCUCAAAAUAAGACGCCGUAUUAUCAGGCGCAGUCUUUUGUUGGCAAGCGGACAAAAGGUUCCUCUUUUCUGCUCGUGACAGAGGGAGAGGAAAAAGGCUGAAGAGAUUAGCCAGUUCCCAGGAACAGAAACCCUUUCCCGCCUCUGCCAAGCCCUCAGUAUGACGCUAGGGCCUUACAAGCUCAAGCACGGUGGGGACCCGUUCUCAAUGAAUUUCAGUGCGCAGUGGGCUCACUCGCAAGUAGACCCCUGGAUCCUUCAGGUAAUAUCUCAAGGGUACAUAUUGGAAUUCGAGACGUCUCCCCCUCGCCGUUUCCAAAAGUCGGCUUUACCGACGUCUCCCUCUGACAGGGAGGCAGUUUUGGAAGCCAUUCACAAGCUGUAUUCCCAGCAGGUGAUAAUCAAGGUACCCCUCCUGCAACAGGGAACGGGGUAUUAUUCCACACUAUUGUGGUACCGAAGCCAGACGGCUCGGUGAGAC